AUGCGCGUUUCUUCUAUGGCGAUGCAAGCUGGCCGCGUUGUGCGGAUCGGAAUGAUCCCUGCUGACGGAAUUGGCCGUGAGGUCCUUCCUGUGGCUCAGCGCGUCAUGGCUGCUGCCCCUGGUGCCCCCAAGUUUGAGUUCAUCCCCCUCGAGGCUGGCUUCGAGCUCUUUCAAAAGAGCGGUACGGCGCUUCCCCAGGAGACCAUCGACACGGUGAAGAACUCUUGCGACGGUGCGAUGUUCGGCAGUGUGUCCAGUCCCUCGCACAAGGUCGAGGGCUACUCGAGCCCGAUCGUCCGCUUGCGCAAGGAGCUUAAUCUCUACGCAAACAUUCGCCCGGUGUCGGGCCCUGUGCUCCCUGGCUCGACGAGCCAGUCCCCGGUGGACAUGGUGACGAUCCGUGAGAACACCGAGUGUUUGUACAUCAAGCAGGAGACGAUCGAGGACUCGCCGAACGGCAAGAUCGCUCGUGCCAUCCGCCAGAUCACUGAGCACGCUUCCGAGCGCAUCGGCCGCAAGGCGUUCGAGGUCGCGCGCACCCGCCGCGCGCUCCGCGAGAAGGCCGGCAACGAUACGCCGACCAAGGUCACGAUCUGCCACAAGUCAAACGUGCUUUCGGUGACCGACGGCCUCUUCCGCACCUCGGUUCGCGAGGUCUACGAGAAGGACCAGAAGAAGAACGGCGGCGAGGGCCGCUACGAGGGUGUUGGCCUCGACGAGCAGCUCGUAGACAGCAUGGUCUACCGCAUGUUCCGUGAGCCCCAUGUCUUUGACGUGAUUGUCGCCCCGAAUCUGUACGGUGACAUUAUCAGCGACGGUGCGGCCGCGCUGGUCGGCUCGCUGGGUCUUGUUGCGAGUGUUAACGCAAGCGACAACUUUUUCAUGGGUGAGCCCGUGCACGGCUCUGCUCCCGACAUUGUCGGCCAGAACAAGGCGAACCCGAUUGCGUCGAUCCGCUCGGCGGCGCUCAUGCUCGAGUACAUGGGCUACACGGAGCCUGCGCUUGCCAUGUACCAGGCCGUGGACCGUGUGCUGACGGACGGUACCAAGCUCACGCCCGACCUGCCUGGCGGCACCGCAACCACUUCCGAGGUCGAGGAGGCGGUGCUCAAGGCGCUGUCCAAGUAG